AUGUUAAUUUUCCCGAUCGAAAAAUAGUUUUCUUGUUAACUUGUGGAGUACGGACUACUAUACAAAAGACACAGAAAAUCGCGUACUCUUUCUCUCUCUGUGUACGGCAUCGCUUUUCCCGCCAUGGUGAAACGUCGAACUACUCGGAGAUCUCCACGUCCGUCGACGGCGGAGCUUCGCUCCAAGCUCUCGACAAUCUUCUCUCGCCACGAACAGAUGAAAGUCGCAUUCCAUCACCUCAAAUCUCAGAUCAAAACCGGCCUUUUAGAAGCGGAAGACGUGUUCGAAUCGCUAGCGAUUCCGUUGAUGAGGCUCGUAGGUUUGAAGACGGUGGAAAUGGCUGAAGAAGGGAGAUUCAGCACCAUCGUCACCAAUACCGAUUCGAAUACUCGAGGAAAAUGGAGAAACGAGAUCAGAUUGGGAAAAACACAGCCGUGUGCUACUGACGGAGGAGAUGAGGAUCAUCAAAUCCGCGAAGUUGGGCAGGUAGAAAGCUACACUACUAAGGCAACCAUGGCAAGCAAAGAACUCUUACAGAAACAAAGACUGCAACUAACACAACUAGUUCACCUUCUCAGAAAAAUCGAAAGUCAGGUCAAUUCUAGCCAAGAUGAUAUCCUUCAGAACCUUGCAGACCAUCAGGCCUCCAUCCACAAGUUCUUCCAGAGGGGCAUUGCAUAUAUAACUGCAGUUCACCAGACAGGUCAAAGCAAUGUCACCUUUCUCGCUGCACUUAAGCUUUUCAAAGCCACGUUUGAUCGCAUGGACGCUGCCCUUGGUUCAGUAGAGAGAGGCAUUGAAGAUAUGAUGUAUCAACUAGCUGAACAGAUGUGUAAUCCGAUGGUUGAGUAUGUGAAGGGCCUUAAGGCCGAAAUGGCAUCUGGAACUUGCCCGCACCUGUUGGCCAUAGUAGAGGACAUGGGUGGAGCCAUGAGAAAUGGAAAGAUGGAGUUGGAGGAAGCUAGAAAGAAAGUGCAAAUAGCUGAAGAGAGGAACCUUGAGGCUCUGUGCAGGUUGAAGGAAUCAGAAGAAAGAACAAGGAGAAUGAAGGAGUAUCUUGGGUACUUCUUAGAAGCCAAAAAAGGGUCAAUGGAACACAAAGUUCCAAGCCAGUUUUUAGGUAUGGAGGAAGAUCGAACCAAAGAUGAGAGGUUGCUGUGGGAGCUACUAAAAAUGAAAAGAAAGCACAAAGCACCCGACAGCCCAAUUGGACCCCAAGAGCUUCUAUGCACGGGAGUCAUGGGACUGAACAACAAUCACCUUAAGUCGACACGGGUGAGCCCCCCAGUCAGUAGCAGGCCCAUCACAAGGAAUUACAUGCGAGGGAUAAGUCCGCAAACCCUGUGUUCGGAAUAUCGCUUAGCGUUGGGCUCAUCACCUACAGUGGCAACUCAGCAGGUUUUAUCGCGCAAGCGCAUCACUCCUUGAAGGCUUCAAUCCGUGUACAAAGGUACAAACACUUCGGUGACUUCUACAUUUGCUAGUUGGAUUUAAGCAAGUAGAUCGUGGAUUUGAGACCUUUUCCUGUGGAUUGUACAAAAUUUGCCAGAAUUUGACUUUGGUAACUGCAGAUAGAUGGAUCAAUUCAUGCAUGAUUGGAAAAUUAUGCAGUACUAAGGUUUCU